AUGCCUUUGUCCGGACACUGCCUCUGCAAGGCGGUCACCUACACCAUUGAGGUCGACCAGCCUUUGAUCACUGCCUAUGACCACUGCGAUGACUGCCAACGCCAGAGUGGCUCUACCUACUCUCUCGUCGCCGUCGUCCCCAAGGCAGCUUUGACCAUCAAGGGCCCCACCAAGAGCUGGGAGGGCAAGGGUUCAUCUGGAAAAUCCGUGCACCGCAUCUUCUGUGGCGAGUGCGGUUCUCCGAUCGCUCACGAUCCAGAUGCCGCGCCUGAGAUCAUUGCCAUUAAAGCUGGUACCCUGGACACAGAAAUCAAGAAAACACUGAAGCCGGACACCGAGAUCUGGACUGUCAGCAAGCUUCCCUUCUGCCAGGAGCACUUGGAGAAACCUUUCGAGCACAUGCCUCAAUAA